AUCACAGAGAAUUGGGAAGCAUCCAAUGGAAAUGGAGCACGUCAGACAACAAAGCAUGCUUUUAUAGAUUGUUUGCUUAACCUGGCAUGGGUGUCUCGCUUCUUUAGCCCACUCCUCUAGUUUGAACGCGCUCAUUGGUGCAGAAGCCGACUCAUAUUCGUAUUGAUGUUUUCUUAGGUUGUAUGUACUUCCAUGCCCAAAUUAGUACAAAGAAUAUCAAGCAUGAUUACAUAUGUUAAUGAGACUAUUCAUAAGAUGGAUUCUCUCUCGCUUUGGAUAUGUGCAAUGUUGGUGUAGUGUCAAGAUGUAUAAUUUUGGAUCUUUAUAAGAGUCAGAUAUAUGUUUGUGGUGUUAUGAACUUCUGCUUCAAAUGGCUGGACAGUAAUUGCAAAAAUUGAGGGCAAUAUAUUUCCAUUUAACCGAUUGUGACACUUGAAACUUAUAUUGUUUCUGACAUCGUAAUUAAACACUCCAACAGGUUUUAUCCAACACGCAAACUUUGAUGGCGAUUGAGUAUCACGACGACAGCAACGAGAGUGAGACUCAUUGCACGUUCACCUUGAAUGAUGAUUGAUGGAUCUUAACCGUACGAUCUCGAGACUUUUGUUUAUACUAAGACUCGGGUGCAGGAUAAAGCAUUGGACCCUGCAGCAGAAUAGCAGAGCCCAGAAGUGCCAGCAACAGCAAACAAACCUUCUUAUUAUGAAUAUUGUUCAAUUUGAAGAAGGCAUUCACUUCCUCUGCAGCAAAAAGCAAUAAUGGGCUGCACGAAAUAGUGCUCCCUUUUCUUCACUCUACUCUCUGUUUCUUUCUUUCUUCUGCUCCUUUACUGUCAUUUGCCUACAAAAACGUGAUAUUUACGUCUCUCUUCCUCUAAAAAAGUUGUCUUUCUUUUGUUCUCAAAGUCAAAACUUUCUCAUUCUCUGUUUUUCUUCUUCUUUUCCCUUUACCCUUUUUCAGCUGUGAACGCAUUCUGACCAAGUCUCCUUUUUUUCUUUCUUUCCAUGAAUCCCAGUUGAAAAUCAGGCUAAUAUUUUCUUUUCCCCUGUUCUUGAAAGGCGGUUUGUCUCUUUUCUCAAGACAAUUUAGUUUGUUCAUCAAGGAAGCCGUGGCCAUGAGGGAGAGAGGCAAAGCUUUGGAAGUUUACAGCAACGACAUGGAUUUCUAUUCCUCUGCUUCGGAAUUUCCAUGUAAGAAACACCCUUCUUCUUCCUCUGUUGGUAUUUGUGCUGAUUGUUUGAAAGAUCGGUUGAUCAAGCUGGUUUGUUCUGACUGUGGAGAGCAGAGGCUCUCCUCUUGCUCUUGCUCUGAGAUCUCAUCGAAUCGAAAUUCUUGUACUGUUGAAGUGGGAAGUGUUGGAAGAGUUUCGUUUUUGAUUGAGAAUGAGAGGAACGGUGUUUCGUUGUUGGGUCCGAUUAAGCCCAAGUUGGAGAAAAGGGAGGAGGUUGUUCUUCUGGAGAGAAGUAGUAGUAGUUGUGUGGAGAUUAAGAAGAGUGGGUUUUGGAGGAUUGGGAAAUUUUUCAGGAAGAAGAGGGAGAAAGGAUGUGAGAGAUCAAGCGUUUGUGGGUUCGAUGAAAAGAGUGAUAUUUGUAUGGUUGAUUACAUGGGUGUGUCGAGGUCGAGAUCUCUCUGUAGUUUUCGUGGUAAUGGGUUUUUUGGGUCAGAGGACGGCGGAGACAUGGUGGUUUCCGGUGGCCGUAGCUCGAUUUCAGGUGCUAGAACUUCGAGUGUUAAUGGAGGACUAGUCUGUGAUUCCGCUAGAAGAAGUGGAUUCAGUGAAACAGAGCCGAGAAAAAGUGGUUUCGAGAGCGAUCAUAGAGAAUGUGGGAAUUAUGAUAGCGAUCAUAAUGGAUUUAGUUUAGCCAAUAGGCGAGUUUUUUCUUUGAAAGAAAGUGAUUUCAAUGGGAUGGAUGAAUCAGGGUUCAUAGAUUUCAAGUUGGAUUUCACAUCAGAAUCAAAACCAGAUAUCUUCGUUCCUAAAAUGGGUUUGGGUCUUCUCUCAAACCCCAACUCUGCGUUUGGGAGCACCAGAGCUCUCGACAUGGCGGCACAUGAAUGCAGCAGAGGACUUUACGGUGGUGCCGCCGGCGAGGGAAUCAUUGGCAGCGGUGGAGGUUCAUGUAGGAUAACAGUAAGUGAUAGAGGGAUAAAGAAGGGGAGGAAAAGCUUGAAAGCAUGGAAAUGGAUAUUCAAACAUCCACCAAACUGGGCAAAUGCAAGUGGAAGGAAGAAAGAAGAAGAAUUAAUGUCUAAAACAUGAAUUUAAUAAAGAAGAACAAACAGAAUUAUAAGAAGAAGAAAAAAAUAGUUUUCUUUCUUUCUUUUUUUUCUAUUUCUCUUUCUUGUUCUUUGUUGUGUAGGAUUAGUACAAAUAUUGAUGUGUAUUUUUGUGGCAUGUUUCCGAAUAUAGUUGGUAAUUGUUUUACAACUUUUAAA